CCAGUCCGAGGUUGCUACAGCUGGGCCUUCUUUAUUCUGUGGCUGGGCUACGACGCUGUGUGCAAUGUUCGCUUACGUGAAAUACCACGAUAAAUAUCGGGCUAUUUUGCCCACUAGCCUCAUAAAGGUUUUUUCCCCGAAAUGUGAAGAAGACUUCGACAAAGCGAAGACGGUCCAGGCGUUCUGGCGGAGCGAGGACGGUGAUGUCCAAGGAUAUUACCCAGCCUUUGUUGUUGCUUUGGCAGGUGACCUGGACUCCCUGCGACUGAAGAUUAAGAGUUUGCGGGAGCCAUUCCCGAGGCUCAUUGACACAGAUGAAGAUGAUAUCUUGGCCAGGAAAAAAGAAUUGCAGGAGCUGCCCACAGCAAGACUUUUAAAAAGGAGGAGGCUGGAUGCCGCCCACUUAUUACAUGAGCAAAUAAUUGCUCAAUCAGGAAAUACAGCAGAAACCCAGGAAAACGCACAGGUUGACGCAGAUUCAAGAAUAGCAGAACUGCUGAAAUGUUUGGAAAAAAAAGAAACUGAAAACAAAAGAUUGAAAAAAGAGCUUCGGGAGGCAGCAGCGCUAAAUCGAAGGCUUACAAGUGCCCUUCUCGACAAAAUUGGUAAGGAUGAGCUCUUUUCUUUUUUAUUCUAUAAAGAUAACAGAUUUGCUGGGUUGACCUCAAUAACAUUCCAACACAGAUGAGUACCCUGGGUUACAGUAACGC